AUGGUUGUUAUUAAGCUUACCCCCACAAUUGUCCUAGCCUUCCUGGCUGGUGCCAACGCUAAGGAUAUCUUUGUGUCUCCUACUGGUACUGGCUCUGGUACGCUUGCUGCACCAUAUGGAUCGAUCCAAUCUGCCAUUGAUACUGCCAAGGCUGGCGACUUCAUUUACUUGAGGAAGGGUACCUAUGCUCCCUCAAAGAACAUUCAGGUCAAGACCAGUGGUGCAAAGGGAAGCCCCAUUACUGUGAAGCCUUAUCAGAAUGAGAAGGCUGUUGGCGAGUCACUCCCCAAUGCUGAGCGUGGUGUCUUCCAUAUCCAGAAUGCUGAGUGGUGGUCCUUCUAUAAUCUCGAAAUCAUAAACGGCCCAUACGGCAUAUACGCCAGAGACGCAUCCAACAAUUACUACGAAGGUCUCUCAACCCAUGACAACUACGAGACAGGCUUCCAGCUCGAGGGCGCUUCCUCCAACAACCAAGUCAUAAACCUCGACUCCUACCGUAACCGUGACCCUCGCAAGAAUGGUGAGAGUGCUGACGGCUUCGCUUGUAAGGAGGGUUCGGGUGAGGGCAACGUCCUCCGCAAUGCCCGGCUUUGGGAAAACGUCGACGAUGGUCUGGACCUGUACAUGUUUGGCUCUCCUGUCACGCUCGACGAAGUAUACGCAUGGGGUAACGGUUUCAAUCGCUGGGGUUUCACGCCCUUCGAGGGUGAUGGCAACGGCUUCAAGCUCGGCAUCACCAACAACCCUCCUGCAAACCACAUCGUCAAGAACUGCAUCGCCUUCCAGAACGCCAAGAAGGGUUUCAUCGAUAACGGAAACCCCGGCUCUCUAACCUUUGACCGGAACACUGCUUGGAAGAACGGUGACAACGGUUUUAACCUACGCAGCUCUUCGUCCAAGGUUACCAAGAACGUUGCUGCCAGCAACACUGGUGAUCAGGUUAGCUUGAACAGCAAGGUUUCUGCGUCUGGAAACUCGUGGGAUAGCAAGGACACCUGGAAUGAUGCUUCUUUCAAGAGCACUGAUGCAUCCACGCUCAAGGGUGCUCGUGGAACUGAUGGACGUGUAAAGACCAGUGAUUUCUUGAUUCCUGCUUCUGGAGCUGCUAUUGGUGCUACCACCAAGGCGAAGGUCUGA